UUAUUUUUAAAUUAAAUAAAUACUUUAUUGUCCACAUUAAACUACAGAAGAUUCGUCACAGAUCAACGGUAAGACACUUUAAUGUUAAUGUUUGCAAUGGAGGAGCUUCAUAUUCAUUGCUUGAAAUGCGUCAACCGCCGAUGUAUGAUUAGACCAGAGCCUAGCAUUUCCUGUGAUCUCAUGGGUUGCCCUCUUGUAUGUGGAGCAGUUUUUCACUCAUGCAAACUGAAUGAGCACCGCUUGCUCUGUCUGUACGAAAGAGUCCCGUGUCUGAACCGUGGAUUCGGAUGUCCAUUCACCCUAGUCAGGGCCAAAAUGGCACAUCACCUUGAAACGUGCCCAGCCAGCAUUGUGUGUUGCACUAUGGAAUGGAAUCGAUGGCCAGUGAGUUAUGCAGAUUGUAAGUCUUACGAUAACUUGAUUAAGGAGGUUUGUGAUGUGGAGCAGCUCGACAUGGCUUUGGCCCUCCAGGAUCAGCGAAUGUUGCUGGAGUCGCUUAAAGUGGCGACCACUGUGACAAAAUCUCUGGAGGAAAAAAAUCAGGACAAUUCCAGCCCCCAGGAUUCAGACCCGGAAAAUGAAUUUACACAACCUUACACAAUUUCAGUGGAAAACAGUAGAAGCUUUGCUGCCACUUUGGACGUUCUCCGUAGUGCGAAAAAUAUUGACUUGAUUGUGGAGAAUCUUGAUGGUGAGGAACAGAAUGAAGGUUGCAACAGUGUUAGGAAUGGCGAUGGGGACUUCAGCAAUGACACAAAGGAAAAUGACACUGAUUCAGAUUCAGAUCUGGGAGCGGUAGGUGGUGCUGACUGUCCUUUUCCAGAAGACCCUGAAGAUGAAAGAGAUGAUUGGCUGGAGAACAGUGGAUGUGGUGAAUCUUCUGAAGAAGAAGGCGAAAUGAAUGGUGGGAUAGAACUCAGUGGACUUCCUAAUGAAGGGAACACUGACAGCCAGGUUAGACUUGAAAGAGUCAAUGACUCUUCAAACGUAAGCCAGGUUUUACCUGAUCAUUCCAUACCUGCUCUAGCGCAGGAGCCUGAAAUUGCCCACUUGCCCCAACUACCUAUUCCUAUGCCCAUCCCUGUGCCUAACCUAAUGCACAACAAUGUUCUGCACCAUUUCUCUUUUAGAAUUGAGGACCGAUGGCUGGAGCGCAAGUUGGAAAAUCUCCAAGUACUCAGGGGAAUGAACUUGUUUACAAUCAAUGGGCGAAGAACUCUGUUUUCUAACCCCUAUUUAUUCAAAGCCAAGAUGGAGGACAAGGCUGUGGACACGUCCGACCUUGAUGUGGCAGAUGAUCCGAUGGGUCUUCACGGCAUUGACCUCAUCACUGCUGCUUUGCUCUUUUGUUUGGGAGACUCACCUGGAGGUAGGGGCAUCUCAGACAGUCGCUUUGUAGAUGGGUAUCGAAUUGACUUUGGCACGCAAACCUUCUCCCUCCCUUCUGCCAUACUGGCAACCAGCACCAUGGUAGGUGACAUUGCCUCAGCAUCUGCCUGUGACCAUGCCAGUCCGCAACUCUCUAACCCCAUUCCAUUUCACACCCUCAGAUUAGACCUUGUUCUAGAGUGUGUAGCACGCUAUCAGACCAAACAGCGCUCUAUGUUCACCUUCGUAUGCGGACAGCUGUUUCGGAGGGAUGAGAUCUCCUCCCAUUUUAAGAAUGUCCAUGGUGACAUACAUGCUGGCCUUAAUGGUUGGAUGGAGCGAAGGUGCCCAUUGGCGUACUAUGGAUGCACCUACUCACAAAGAAGGUUCUGCCCUUCGGUACAAGGAUUCAGAAUCAUCCAUGACCGACACCUGAGCUCCUUUGGGGUGCAAUCUGGGUUAGCAGCUUAUCCCGAUGAGCCUCUAUCCAAAACUGUAACCUGUCAGUCCAGGUCCCACUGUGACCACCUUAGUGACCUUCCUUUUGAGUUACUCCAGCACAUUGCAAGCUUCUUGGAUGGCUUCAGCCUGUGCCAACUCUCCAGGGUGUCUCACACUAUGAGGGAUGUGUGUGCCAGUCUUCUUCAAUCACGUGGCAUGGUGGUCCUGCUCUGGGAGAAGACGAAGCGAGCUGAUGGAACCUCAUCCUGGCAGAUACAAGACAAGGUGUGGCGCUUCAGUACGGCAUUUGAAACUGUGAACGAGUGGAAGUUUGCAGACAUUUCCAGCAUGGCCGACCACCUCAAGACGUGCAAGUUUAACACCAUAACACGGAGAGAAGAGGCUGUCCCACUUCCAUGUAUGAGUUUCACAAAAGAACUUACAAAAGAGGGACGCUCUAUACGUUCAGUGCUUAAACCAGUGAUAUAGACUGUAGUCAAAAUUCAGAUGAGGAUUUCAUUUUAUAAUACACCAUGCCUUAUGUGUUUAAGUGAACCGUGGGAUUUGUUUGGCGACAUAAUCAUUAAAAUAAGAGCCUCAACUUAAACCACUUUUGGAAGAGUUGUUUUUGAAUAAACAAUAUCUACCUGCUGUAGUGAUGAUGGUUGUGCUGUCUUGCACUUUUGAUAUAGUAUAUUCAGGCUUU